AUGGUGGAGCUGAUCGGGGGGAGGGAGGAGGGAGGAAGGGGGAGGAGGAGGGGAGAGGGUUCAUGUGAGAGACUGCUUCUCCGUGAGGGCCUAGGAAUCCAUCUUGACAUCUCUCUUGCUGGAGAGGUCAGCAGGCAGGCAGUUCAUCCUCGUGGACAAAGCCAUAGACCAGAGCAUAGCAACACACUGUAACCUGGGCCAGACAGACAGUCUACUCCAGCACAUCUCUCUCAGCAAGCCACUGUCAUUUACCAUGAUUCUGUCAAAUUGUCACUCUUAGCAAUUGUAAAUACUGUAUGUUUAAAGGGAAUUAUUUAGCCCUUAUAGUUGGUAAGUAUACAUAUGAAUUUAUGCAGACGUGUACUAUGUCCUGAUAGUGUAGUGUAUGCUGCCUGUCUUUGUUAGUAAAGAUGGUGGAUGAAAUGAACAGGCUACACCUGGUUGUUUUCACCACCUCUGUGAGGAGACAAACAGCUCUGCUCCUUUACUUAGGGAGCCUUCUAGUGGCAGACAGAGGGAGAGCAAGGUGGUCCACAACACACAGCCCUGUUGGUCCACUACCAUAGUGAAACAACCCUGUUGGUCCAGUACCAUAGUGAAACAACCCUGUUGGUCCAGUACCAUAGUGAAACACAGCCCUGUUGGUCCAGUACCAUAGUGAAACAACCCUGUUGGUCCAGUACCAUAGUGAAACAACCCUGUUGGUCCAGUACCAUAGUGAAACACAGCCCUGUUGGUCCAGUACCAUAGUGAAACAACCCUGUUGGUCCAGUACCAUAGUGAAACAUAGCCCUGUUGGUCCAGUACCAUAGUGAAACACAGCCCUGUUGGUCCAGUACCAUAGUGAAACAUAGCCCUGUUGGUCCAGUACCAUAGUGAAACAGCCCUGUUGGUCCAGUACCAUAGUGAAACAUAGCCCUGUUGGUCCAGUACCAUAGUGAAACACAGCCCUGUUGGUCCCAGUACCAUAGUGAAACACAGCCCUGUUGGUCCAGUACCAUAGUGAAACACAGCCCUGUUGGUCCAGUACCAUAGUGAAACACAGCCCUGUUGGUCCAGUACCAUAGUGAAACACAGCCCUGUUGGUCCAGUACCAUAGUGAAACAAUCCUGUUGGUCCAGUACCAUAGUGAAACACAGCCCUGUUGGUCCAGUACCAUAGUGAAACAUAGCCCUGUUGGUCCAGUACCAUAGUGAAACAACCCUGUUGGUCCAGUACCAUAGUGAAACAACCCUGUUGGUCCAGUACCAUAGUGAAACAUAGCCCUGUUGGUCCAGUACCAUAGUGAAACACAGCCCUGUUGGUCCAGUACCAUAGUGAAACACAGCCCUGUUGGUCCAGUACCAUAGUGAAACACAGCCCUGUUGGUCCAGUACCAUAGUGAAACAUAGCCCUGUUGGUCCAGUACCAUAGUGAAACAACCCUGUUGGUCCAGUACCAUAGUGAAACAUAGCCCUGUUGGUCCAGUACCAUAGUGAAACAACCCUGUUGGUCCAGUACCAUAGUGAAACACAACCCUGUUGGUCAAGUACCAUAGUGAAACAUAGCCCUGUUGGUCCAGUACCAUAGUGAAACAUAGCCCUGUUGGUCCAGUACCAUAGUGAAACACAGCCCUGUUGGUCCAGUACCAUAGUGAAACAACCCUGUUGGUCCAGUACCAUAGUGAAACACAGCCCUGUUGGUCCAGUACCAUAGUGAAACACAGCCCUGUUGGUCCAGUACCAUAGUGAAACAACCCUGUUGGUCCAGUACCAUAGUGAAACACAGCCCUGUUGGUCCAGUACCAUAGUGAAACAUAGCCCUGUUGGUCCAGUACCAUAGUGAAACACAGUCACAUAAAGUGAACAAUCACAAGUGAACAUUGUUGCGUGCGUGGGAGUGGGUAGAUAAGUGUGUAUCUGUGUGCAUGGGGGGGUAUGUGCCAUGAAACCUCCUUUUGCACUCUGUGGUACUGGCUGGAGGGGGGGAGGAGCAGAGAGCUAAGUGCCUGUGGGGGUGUGAGGGGUGAGGUGCAGGUUCAAACUAGGGCCACUACACCCACCACUGUGACUGGACACCCCAAACUGUGUGAACACGGCCAGCAGUGGGCCAGUAGCCUGAAGGGCCAGUAGCCUAAAUAGGUCUGACAACUACCUUGUUAGCACCCUUUCUUCAGCCAUAGGGAGUCCAUGAAUUAUGCUGCUUGUUUUCUAGCUAUUACUCCAAAUCUAGCUUAGUAUUUAUUUAUUAAAGCUGCAAUAUGUAACUUUUUGGGCAACUUGACCAAAUUCACAUAGAAAUGUGUGUUAUAGAUCUGUCAUUCUAAUUGAAAGCAAGUCUAAGAAGCUGUUCUAUGUGCCCUAUUUCUAUGCUUCCUGUUCUUAAGUUUAUUUUUUGCGUCUUUUACUUUUGCUUUUGUGCACCAGCUUCAAACAGUUGAAAAUACAAUAUUUUGGUUUAUGGAAAAUAUAUUUUACAGCGGUUUAGAUGGUACAAUGAUUCUCUACACUAUAAUUUCUUGUUUUGUCACAUAAACUAUUUUAGAAUUUUAGCCACCAGGAAAUGGCGGAGCGAUUUGCAUCUUUAAGUUGAAAAACAAUGAUCAUGGUGUGACUGUGACGCAUAAAUAAGACUAAGACAGCAUCUUUGCUUUUCCUCUUAGUCUGGUGUUGAUAAAUUGUUUUUGUCCCUUAUCACUGAGAUUAUCCAUAUUGAUAUUAGACGUGUCAUUUAUUACACCAUUUUAACCCGUUAGGUUGUGAUGAUAUUAUUAGUUUACCUGUCCGGGAAGAUUCUUAUCUUUUUAUGACACAAUGUUAUUGUUUUAGCCACUGAGUAAAUAUCUUCAUCUGCUUCCCUGGAGUGCAUAGGAAAAAUGAACUCUUAUGGAAGUCUGUGUUAAUUAAAUACAUGAAAUGAUAUUCAAAAUCGAAGAGAUUAUAGUUUUAUCAUCUUGGGUGCUGCCAGCCUCACUAACAUCCAUGUUUUUAUGGCACAGUUGUGGGCUUUUAAAGAGAUGGUCAUAUUUCACACAGAACAGGUUGAAGACUGUGGAAAGAACAAAGUACAGUAGUAGACUGCGGUCUCACUGUUGGUGACUGGUACACUCACUCCACUUCUCACCCAAAUAGUGGUUUUUAUUACAACAUUGUUCAUUCAUAUUAACUGGGCCUCUUUUCUUUGCGGUGGUGAUCAUCAGACUUUGCAUUGCAUCAGUGUUGUGUUAGUUUUUUACUCACCAGAGAAGUUUGUUACUAACUAUUGUCUCUACAGUGCUCAGUAUCCGUGGCGCCCAGGAGGAGGAUGCUCCAGAUGCCCAGCUCAUGCGAUUGGACAACAUGCUGCUGGCGGAGGGCGUGUCCGGACCAGAGAAAGGGGGCGGGUCUGCGGCAGCGGCAGCAGCGGCGGCAGCAGCGGGAGGAGGGGUGGGCCAGGACAACUCAACAGAACACUCAGACUAUAGGGCCAAGCUUACUCAGAUCCGUGGGAUCUACCACACAGAGCUGGAGAAGUAUGAACAGGUGAGGACAGACCACACCCCUCGUAACCGCUCUCUCCCUUCCCAUAAGCCCUCUCUGCUCUAAGAAGAUCCUCACAACCCCUCUCACUUCCUGUAGGCAACCCCUCUCUCCCUAAGCGUCCCUCUACUCUGAUUUCUGCCAUCUCACUAUAUAUUGAGGACCAAGCCCCUUGUAACUGUCCUCUCUCCCUUCCAAUAGACAACCCCACUGCAAUCUCACUACACUCAGACUGCACACAAGUCAGUGCACACAACCACGCUUUCAGAAAUCCAUUUCCAGCUGGCAAUCAGUUUAUCAGUCACACAAGUCCUAGCUCCAAGAGAGCAUCCCGUCCUUCCCAUCGAUGUCAAAUAUAUUACCGCCUGUCAUCAUCUCAAAGCAGGCCCAUCAUCACUUCCUGUCACAGUGUUACAUUUGUACCUGAGAAUAUCCAUGUCACCGCUAUGUGUACUGCUGCUACUGAGUGUACGGGUGGAACGGCUGUUGCAACGAACUGAGUCUCGUUUCAACUGACUCCCCUGACCCCAAACGCAGCAGACACUUCCCAGUGACUGAUUCUGACAGAGAGAGAGACCGAGAGAGACACUGAGUGAAAAGACAGAGAGAGAAGUGGAGCGAGAGAGACAGGAAGACAGUUCAAACCUGCUAAACGUGAACAGGAAUGAAAGCCUCCUGUCAUUUUAGACGUCUUUACUUGUUACUUUUUUCUUCACGAUUGAAGAAAGGUCUCCUCAAUAUACAAAGAAAGUCUCACUGCUUGUCUACCUCAUCCACUGCUAUUGUUUCUGCCACAGCACUGCAAUACAUUACUACUACAUUACUAUACAUUGAUUACUACUACUACUUAUGAUACUUAUAAUACUAACAAUGCUCACAGUGUCUUACUUCUCUGCUGUAUCCAAGUGCGUGUGAUUGCUAUCUGCCUCAUAUGAGUGUGUCUGUCUGUCUCUUUAGGCAUGUAAUGAGUUUACCACCCAUGUGAUGAACCUGCUGAGGGAGCAGAGUCGCACACGGCCCAUCUCACCCAAAGAGAUCGAGCGUAUGGUGGGCAUUAUCCACCGCAAGUUCAGCUCCAUCCAGAUGCAGCUCAAACAGAGCACCUGCGAGGCCGUCAUGAUCCUACGCUCCCGCUUCCUCGACGCCAGGUCUGUGUGGUACAGUGUGUGUGACAUGUGUCUGUGUGUCUCUCUCUGCGUGUGUCUGCUGAUGAAAAGUGUAUCCUGGGUCACUCUACACCGAAGACAACAUAUUUUUGUAGAGUGUGAUGACAAACAGAGAUAAUGUAGUCCAGAUAUCUCUCUCUAAUGUAUUGUAAUGAAAUAAAUGACCUGUAAUUGUUAUAUUCAAUGUUUCUCUCUCUCUGGCUCUCUCUCUGCAGACGAAAGAGAAGGAACUUCAACAAGCAGGCAACAGAGAUCCUAAAUGAGUAUUUCUACUCCCACCUGUCCAACCCCUAUCCCAGUGAGGAGGCCAAGGAAGAGCUGGGCAAGAAGUGCUCCAUCACAGUGUCACAGGUACAGUAUUCCGCCACAUAGUCUUUCUUGACCCACAUAAACCUAUGAGCUAUCUAGCUAGCAUGGUAAUUUGUUUCGACAACUGCAAGCACACUGCUAUGUUACAGGAAGUCAGCUAGCAGAGGCUGCAUCCCAAAUGGCACCCUAUUCCCUACAUAAUGCACUACUUUUGACCAGAGCGCUGUCAAUCUCAAUGGGAAUCUGGUUUCUUGACAAUCUGGUUUCUUAAAAUAUAUGUUUUCUAUAUAAUACCUUGCUCAAACAAUUGUUGUAAUAAACUUUAGUUUAAUUUCUUGUCAUGUAAAACAUAAUUAAUAAUAUGUACUUUCUGUUACAGGUAUCGAACUGGUUCGGAAACAAGAGAAUCCGAUACAAGAAAAACAUUGGCAAGUUCCAAGAGGAAGCCAACAUGUAUGCCGCGAAGACAGCCGUCAGUGCAACCAAUGUAUCAGCCCAUGGCAGCCAGGCCAACUCCCCCUCCACCCCCACCUCUGCAGGUCAGUAUCAAUACCAGCCAGCCAUAAUGGAUCUGACCAGUAUAGGACCAAGUUAGUACUGUUAAUGUUGGUUUGACUGCAUAGUAUACCCAACUGAACAAUGCUAGAUCAAAUAGUGCUAAAGCAUUAUAUAGGCUACAUUGAAAGGUAUCCACACUACAGUAGUAUGGACAAUUCAGUUCAGAAAUAUGACACAGUUGAGCAGAGAGGUAUAGAGCACUGAUUAGAAAACCUGGCUUUAUGCAACCCUGGCACCCAACUCAAGAAUCCAGUCUCUGGCUCUGUUCCUUUUGAAUAACAAAAUACUGUCUGCACCCUCCUUUCCUAAACUAACCCAAUAACCUCUGGCCCUUUCCCUCUCUCUCACUCUCUCUCUGGGGUUUGUCGGGUAAACACAGUAGACAUAUUGAACUCUUGACCCUAUGGGCCCUGCUCUAUAUAGGAAAUAGGGUGCCAUUUUGGACUCUUGGUUAGACAAAUAUCUAUCCUGUAACUUCUCCGGUUGACCUCUUGUGUGUCAUUAAGCUGAUGACAGGCGUCCCAGCCUUUGUCAUCAUGUUGACUCUUCAGCUGUGUUGGGUUAUGGUCUAGUCUUGUGUUUUUUCUGCCUUGAAAUCAAGUUAGGCUGCGUUCUCCUUUAACAUCUGGGGAGUUUGGCUCCAUUAAAGGACAAAGAGGAUUCUUUCAGUUCUUCCUGUCGAACGAUUAGCACUUCCUUAAUGAUCCAACCGGUCCGGUAGCAAGGAACUUAAAUGGCAAGACAAUCCAUCUAUUCUGCAUUAGUUUCACCCCGGUUUUAACCCCUAACCUCAAUAUUCUUGAUAAUAUGAUUAUCAUCAUAACUACCACAGAAGGAGUAGUUUGUGUAGUUUUAUUAGUACAGGAUAGUUUGCUUAGAACACCCCUUGCCAAUACAUUUCCAUAGGUACAUAUACAGUGAGGGAAAAAAGUAUUUGAUCCCCUGCUGAUUUUGUACAUUUGCCCACUGACAAAGAAAUGAUCAGUCUAUAAUUUUAAUGGUAGGUUUAUUUGAACAGUGAGAGACAGAAUAACAACACAACAAUCCAGAAAAACACAUGUCAAAAUUUUUAUAAAUUGAUUUGCAUUUUUAUGAGAGAAAUAAGUAUUUGACCCCCUCUCAUUCAGAAAGAUUUCUGGCUCCCAGGUGUCUUUUAUACAGGUAACGAGCUGAGAUUAGGAGCACACUCUUAAAGGGAGUGCUCCUAAUCUCAGUUUGUUACCUGUAUAAAAGACACCUGUCCACAGAAGCAAUCAAUCAAUCAGAUUCCAAACUCUCCACCAUGGCCAAGACCAAAGAGCUCUCCUAGGAUGUCAGGGACAAGAUUAUAGACCUACACAAGGCUGGAAUGGGCUACAAGACCAUCACCAAGCAGCUUGGUGAGAAGGUGACAACAGUUGGUGCGAUUAUUCGCAAAUGGAAGAAACACAAAAGAACUGUCAAUCUCCCUCGGCCUGGGGCUCCAUGCAAGAUCUCACCUCGUGGAGUUGCAAUGAUCAUGAGAACGGUGAGGAAUCAGCCCAGAACUACACGGGAGGAUCUUGUCAAUGAUCUCAAGGCAGCUGGGACCAUAGUCACCAAGAAAACAAUUGGUAACACACUACGCCGCGAAGGACUGAAAUCCUGCAGCGCCCGCAAGGUCCCCCUGCUCAAGAAAGCACAUAUACAGGGCCAUCUGAAGUUUGCCAAUGAACAUCUGAAUGAUUCAGAGGAGAACUGGGUAAAAGUGUUGUGGUCAGAUGAGACCAAAAUUGAGCUCUUUGGCAUCAACUCAACUCGCCGUGUUUGGAGGAGGAGGAAUGCUGCCUAUGACCCCAAGAACACCAUCCCCACCGUCAAACAUGGAGGUGGAAACAUUAUGCUUUGGGGGUGUUUUUCUGCUAAGGGGACAGGACAACUACACUGAAUCAAAGGGACGAUGGACGGGGCCAUGUACCAUCAAAUCUUGGGUGAGAACCUCCUUCCCUCAGCCAGGGCAUUGAAAAUGGGUUGUGGAUGGGUAUUCCAGCAUGACAAUGACCCAAAACACACGGCCAAGGCAACAAAGGAGUGGCUCAAGAAGAAGCACAUGAAGGUCCUGGAGUGGCCUAGCCAGUCUCCAGACCUUAAUCCCAUAGAAAAUCUGUGGAGGGAGCUGAAGGUUCGAGUUGCCAAAUGUCAGCCACGAAACCUUAAUGACUUGGAGAAGAUCUGCAAAGAGGAGUGGGACAAAAUCCCUCCUGAGAUGUAUGCAAACCUGGUGGCCAACUACAAGAAACGUCUGACCUCUGUGAUUGCCAACAAGGGUUUUGCCACCAAGUACUAAGUCAUGUUUUGUAGAGGGGUCAAAUACUUAUUUCCCUCAUUAAAAUGCAAAUCAAUUUAUAACAUUUUUGACAUGCGUUUUUCUGGAUUUUUGUGUUGUUAUUCUGUCUCUCACUGUUCAAAUAAACCUACCAUUAAAAUUAUAGACUGAUCAUGUCUUUGUCAGUGGGCAAAUGUACAAAAUCAGCAGGGGAUCAAAUACUUUUUUCCCUCACUGUAGUCAGUGUAGAUGGUGACUGGUCACUGAUAUGGUUCCCUGUUCACUACACCACAUUUGGCUUUCAACCCUCCACCACUAACCCACCUGACUGCACUUUUUCUGUUGCAUGAUCAAGUUAACUCCUCUUUCCUCUCCUCUCUUCUCUUUCUACCGUCCUUCCCCCCCUUCUCUCUCGUUCUCUCUUUCACUCUCUGUCCUUCCAGGUUCUGCUGGCUCUUUUAACAUGUCAAACUCCGGAGACUUGUUCAUGAGUGUGCAGGCUCUGAAUGGGGACUCAUACCAGGGGGCUGGGGUGGGGGCCAACGUUCAGUCCCAGGUAGGAUCCUCGCAGAGAAUAGUACGUAAACCAUGAAUUAUUGGUACACUAGUUGUCAUGUAGAUAGAAACCCAGCUAGCAGUCAUACAGUGGCCUAUUAAUGGCCUGUUGAAGGCAAAGUCAACCAACCAAGGCGGACAGCCAUAUAAGGUCUUAUAUUAUUAGACUGAAUUUCCCUGCUUGAAUUUCCCUGCCCAGUUGUUCAGGCACUGCCCGGCCUAUAAAGUUCCAUUGAAAUCAUCAAAAGCCCAGAGCAGAGUCACUUGACCUAGUCCGUGAGACAGAGGUUAUAUGUGGCCUUUAGCCAUAGCACUAAUAUGGUGGCCAUUGUCAGGCUCAUGAAUGAAUAGACGACUGCAGACAGUUUUGGAAACAAUACAAGACUCGUCAACACUCCUGACAACGGUUGUCGUAGCCACUGGUGCACAACAGUUCUCUGACCUUGCCCUGUUGGACAACUAUGAACAACACAGAGUUUCUGAGUGUUGGGAUUGGGAGGGAGUCUCAUUCACCAUAGGUUGGGUGGGAGAGUCACCACCAGUGGUGAUAUUCUCAUUUGAUUCACCCCCCUCUAGCCCCCCAGCCCUAUCCCUCCAUCCAUCCCUACUUUCUUUUUAAAUCAACUCUCCAAAUGCUCGGGUGUUUCAUAAAUAUGCAUAGGAUUAACCCCCUAAGGUGGAUAAGAGGUCUCCUGGGUUGAUACUUCAAUGAAAAACAAUGUCCUUGUCAAAAGGUCAUUUGGCUGCGCACUUCAAAAUGCCUUCCCAGCCACUGAGGAGAGGAGAUUAGUUUUGAGUCGUAGAAGCAAUUGGAAAUAGUCAAUGCUGCAUGAUUUGUUGCAGUUUUGUUCCUUUUUGAAUUGUAAUCAGAUAUUCAUAUGAGUUCCCUCGUGAUGGUGUUUGUGGUCAUUGGUCUUUGUUCAUUUGUGAUAUCUGUUGUGUUAAACCUGAUCAUUCUAAACUGCCGCUGUAACCUUUCCCAGUGCAUGAUACCCUUUUGCUAUCAGACUGACCUUUUCUUAUGUAUGAAGGUCUUUGUCAUGUAGAGCUUUUGUCUGUCUGACCCACCCUUUUCUCUGUGUGUGUGUGUCCGUUCCAGGUGGAUACUCUUCGCCAUGUUAUCAGCCAGACAGGAGGAUACAGUGACAGCCUCGCCGCCAGCCAGAUGUACAGUCCACAGGGCAUCAACGUAAGAACACCACCACCAAAAAAGAACAACAACCUUCUGUCAUUUCAUCACAAUAUUGCCUUUCUAUUCUUACUUUGGUCUUUUUGAAAGGAAAAGAAGCUAACUAUUUCUAUAGUAUACUUCUAUAGCUAUUCUUCUUUUGUUCCGAUGCAAUGCGUUCAUACAUUUAACCAACAAUUCGAUAGAAAGUUGUCUUUAUUAGGGUUUCAGUUUGUCCCUUUGCCCAAUUAUUUCAAAGCCAACGGGUGUGGGAUACCACUUAGUUAGCAGUGGCCUGUUGGUGGCUGGGCUGUUGUCCAGGCAACGGCCCCUGUGCCGGUCAUGCCCCGGGCGCCAGGCAACGAGGCAGGAGUCAGACGGAGCGAGAAGCCGGUCAGCUGGACGUACGGACACGCUUAGAGCCUGUCUGUCUGGUGACAUUAGUGUUAGCGAGGCACCUGCAGCCGACAGGAGCAAGGCCACAGGUGUCACCCUGCCUGUCCAACACUCAGCUCACAUGGCACCAAAUGAAAAGAAGCACAGACCUCAUUUGGGGCCAAAUAAAUAAAUACAAUCACCCCGGAGUACAAGCUCUAGUCCAAUUUAUCUACCACCCUAAAAUAACUCGGCCAGCCAAUGUUAAAGAACAGCACGCUCUGGUAGGGGGUUUUGUCAGGGCUGGGCAGGGCUGGGAACACUGGAGGGGGUGUGUAUAGUGUUAAGAUCUACAGUGACAGGCUGUGUUGUAGAGAGGGGAAUCAAUAAGACAGUCACAGCAGGCUGAGAGGGGGUCUGGUCCAGCAGUCCGAGCGCAUUGGUUGCAUCAUUCGUCCAACAACCACAAUGACACUGACAGCAGCGAGCCCUGUAAUUUCCUAGACAAGAUGCUAAAAAAGGAAGUGGUGGUGGAAUGAAUAUGUUCUCCAUUCAACCCCUCCUAAGCUUCCUCAGUAAACUAUGCUGGAACUAAGCUAAAUGAAGGCUGAUGAAAAUGGGCAAUGAUAAGAUCACGGUCUGUUGCGGUAUGUUAGUCAAUGCAUAGAAGGUAGUUUCUGUGAGGCAGCCUUUGGCUAACCAGUACGGGCAUUCACAUUUGCAGCACAUCAGUCUUCAACACACAACUGUCUGUGCAGAUAUUGUGACCCUCCGCCCCGAUACCUCAAAAUCUGAGCCGAAUCAGAAUGCAAUAAUUUUUUCAAGUAUUCAAACAUCAACUUGCAGUGAAUAAAUAGGCCUAAUAAAUAGGCCUAUGCCAAAUCCAAACACAGAAAAGAUUAUGUCAUUCUAAGACACUUCUUUUAAAUUGUAGAAAUCAUGUUAUUAUUUAGACGUUUCGAUUUUUCUAUAGAAGCUUUCAAUCCUGGAUGGAGCUUUUUAUUGUGCAGCGAAACAAUUUCCACUCAUUCUGAGGUUUCUAAUGACUGAGCUGAGGCAGGAAGCAGCAUUCACAUGGCAGAGCUCUCCUCUUCUAUCAUUGAACAGUAAUUACGGCUGUGAAGUAGGCGGAGGGUGUCACCAAAGCUGAAGAUUUGAAACGUUUUCUUUUCUCUCCCCUCGGUUCCAAUGUGAUGAAAAAAUGGCUCUAUGUGAAAUAACAGGUUUUGAAAAUAAGAGGGUGCCAAAGCCCAUCUCCAACAGCUUUCACCGAUGGCAUGGAAAUUGCCAUUAAUGUCCCAAAUGCUCUUUAGCCUACCUAUCUUCGGGGAAUUGAAAUUGCCUCCUAUUUUACAAAACCAUUAUAUUUUCAACCCAGUAGCCGAUGUGAUAAUUUACUAUAAUUGAUUCUCCCAUCAACCAUCUUGGAGGUUGUGUGCAAGAGCUGUCUAAAUGUUUUCAAUAACAUGUCUCUUUAUUGUCUGUACAUGAGGCCAUUUUGAGACAGAUGGGAGGUGGAGUCUUAUAUUGUUGUGCCUUGAUAGAGUAAUUGUACUAUAAUGUAUUUGGAAGAUGCAUAAUCCCGCAGAGUGCAAAAGGGUGUUUGUCAGUUCAAGAGUUUCAUGUUAGCUACAGAUGCAGAUAAAAUAAUAUACAGUAUGUGUAAUUAUUUCUGUAUCUAUCAGGAAAUUUGACCUGAGGCAUACAACAAAUUAUAUCACAAUUCUAUCUCUAGAAAUGUGAUGUUUUUUUUAAUCCACAGACAAACGGUGGGUGGCAGGAUGCGCCGACCCCCUCAUCAGUGACCUCACCCAUAGAAGGACCCGGAAGUGUUCACUCGGAUACCUCCAACUGAUUAUUUUACCCUCCACACACAACAUCACCCCAACCCAACGAUGAACUGGCAGAGCCAAUCACAGUAUUAAACAUAGAGGCAUACUACACAGUGUCCUGUAGAUUUCAGGGGUGCUGUGAAAACCAUAACUAAAGCAACCUUUCGUCAGCUACAGUACUACGGGACAUUUGAGAUACAUACAUACAUACAUACAUACAUACAUACAUACAUACAUACAUACAUACAUACAUACAUACAUACAUACAUACAUACAUACAUACAGUAAAAAGAAUUUCAGAACAAAAAUCAAAAUGAUACAAAAUUUAUUAAUACAAAUGUUUGUACAGAUUUCACAGGAUAUUCAGAGGGCUGGGGUUGCUUAGUCACCUGUGAUGGGUUUACUCAUAUUGAUAAUAUUCAGUGAUAAGAUAAAUUCAGACAACCAAACCUGCAUACUUAAAUUCAAAUGCUUAAUUCUACCUCUCAGCGACUAAAAAGUAAACAAAUAUGAAAGAACAUUAUUUGUUU